CUCAGGCUCAUCUCAGCAUCACAAGCCAUAAAUAUCAUAGCGGACUAUUUGGACUUCUUUGGGAGUCGAAGCAGUAAAACUUGAACGUACAAGUCGAAACACUUGACAACUUGAAGUGAGCUACAAUGGCGUUGAACAUUGCCGCAAAGCAGGCCGAGACGGUCCUCGGCCAUGACGAUAAAGACAGAGCGACGCACACGGAUAUCGCUAAUCCUGACCGUGAGGGCGGAAAGUAUGCGGAUCAGAGCGGAGAGAAGAUGAAGGCGCUGGCAUGGAUGGGCAAGAACGAUGUCCGCGUCAUCGAAGCCAGCAAACCUCGAAUCGUCGAGGAUACGGAUGCCAUUGUCAGAGUGACUGGUACCACAGUAUGUGGCAGCGAUGUCCACAUCAUGCACGGUGUCAUUCUCCAAGUUGAGAAGGGAGACAUACUCGGCCACGAAUUCUGCGGCGUUAUUGAGGCCGUCGGCCCAGCUGUAACCAAACUCAAACCCGGAGAGCGCGUUGUCAACAGCUUUGUGGUGUCGUGCGGAAAGUGCAGGUACUGCAAGCAGAAACUGACGACGGCCUGCGAAAAUACAAACGCAUCCGCCCUCCACGAGAAGCUCUACGGAUCACGCAUGGGCGGCAUCUUUGGCUACUCCCACUUUACCGGCGGCUACGCGGGAGGCCAGGCCGAGUAUGUGCGGAUACCCCUGGCCGAAAACAACCUGCUCAAGCUCCCGCAUUCCAUCCCCGACGAGAAAGGCCUGUAUCUAUCAGACGUCCUGCCCACUUCCUACCACAGCGUCGUCUACACCGGAGUGCAAAAGGACGACACUGUCGCCAUCUGGGGGCUCGGCCCUAUCGGUUUCAUGGCCUGCCAGUGGGCGUUUCUCAAGGGGGCGAAGCGAGUCAUCGGCAUUGACAACAACUGGCGAACCGAGUUCGCCAAGUCCAAGAUCCCCAAGCUCGAGACCAUCAACUACACAACCCUCGCCAAGAAGGAAACUGUGCCCGCCAAGAUUCAUGAGAUGGUCCCCGGCGGCGUCGACGUCAGCAUCGACGCCACCGGAGGAGAGUACGCCAAGAGCCUAGUCCACAAGGUUGAGCUGAAGAUUGGUGCCGAGCAGGAUACGAGUGAGAUGAUCAAUGAGUGCAUCAUGUCGACGAGGAAGUUUGGUGCCGUGGGCAUCAUUGGCGACUAUGUCGGGUUCACCAACCACUUCAACGUGGGAUCACUCAUGGAACGCGGCAUCAAACUCAUUGGGUGCGGCCAGUCUCCAGUCCAGAAGUAUUGGGAAGAGCUCCUGGAGAUGGUAGAGAACGGGACGGUCGACCCAACCAUGAUGCUAACACACCGUUUCCGCAUUGACGAUAUCGACAAAGCCUAUCACCUGCAAGAGAAGAGGGAGGGCGGGCUGGUCAAGUGCUUCGUCGAGACUCGCUUCUCAGCCCAGCCUGCCCCGGGAACACCAGAGGUGACAAGUAUUUAACACUACAUCAUGAUGUCCUUCAAUACAUAUUUUACUACCUACGUGGGAUGGACGUCCAGGGAUGCCUGAAACGCUUUAUUAUCAUUGUUCUUACAUGUAAUAUACGUAAUGUUCCUUUUAAUACUACAUAAGUACUUAGGUACCUACUGGCGUUUCUGGU